AUGAUGGCACUCUCAGAGGCACUGGAGGAUGGCAGUCCUGUUGGCCCCGGACGGUUCACAGAGUGGCCGGAGAAGGAUUAUCCAAACCUUGAUGGCGAGACAAAACGAAUCUUCCUACGUAUGUUGGAUCUUGCUCCUUCAAAAAGAGUGACCAUGGCAGAAGUCUUGGAGGACCAAUGGUGGGGUCGUGGAGAGGAGGAGUACCAAAGUCCUCCGCUCUCUACCACUGAAACACCUUGA